UUUACGUCCAUGAGCGUUUCGCUUCCUGUCGCUCACAUGUCUCGCGGUUGUGCGCUAACAUAUUUUCGUAUUUAUUAUCAUAUUUAUUAAUUUAUUGAUAAUAAUGAUUGUUUCAACGAACCAGGGCAAUCCUAAUGCGUUAAAGUUAAUUAUCGCGGCAAAGUUAGCCCAAGAGACUGUCACCAUUAAAAUCGUGAAGCCUAAAGAUGCUUUCCUGGGACGCUUGCCGAUGUUAAUUACGCCUUCCGGAUUGUCCUUAUUCAGUGUUUCCUCAGCAUUGCGCUUCUUAUUACCUAUAGCUGCAGAAUUGGAAAUUCUCAAUAAUAGGUGGUUGGAAUGGGAAAUUUCUCAAUUACAGCCAGCAAUAUUGAGUCUUGCAAGUGGGAAAAUUUCUUCCAAGGACUUACUGUCUUUACUCCAAGAUCUCAAUAGUGAAUUAAAAGAUAAACAGUACUUAAUUGAAACAAAUAAUUAUUUAUCUCCAGCAGAUAUUUCAAUUUGGGUUAGUCUAUGGAGUACUCUAUUACUUGCAGAAUGCAAAGAUAUUUCUGCACACUUGCCAAAUAUCAUUAACUGGUUAACUAAUAUGGAACAGCAGCCAGUUAUUCAGGAGUCCAUCAAAGAGUUUAAUUCGGUGAGAGGUCCAAAGGCAAUUGCAAGUAUAGAAGCUACUUCUUGGUUCCCUGUCAAUACAGUCUUAAACACUCAUGCUCACGAGUCAGUAUCAAAUGAUAUUAGCCCGACCAGGGAAAAGGAAGUGGAAGCUGUUAGUCAAGAAGAACUCCGUAAUGUGACAAAUAGUUGGUUCACUGGACAAUAUCUAGAAGUCAAGGAAGGUUCAUACCCAAUAUUACCUAAAAAAGGUGAGAGGAAUGUAUUGAUAACAUCAGCUCUUCCUUACGUAAAUAAUGUCCCACAUUUGGGAAAUAUUAUCGGAUGUGUUCUCUCAGCCGACAUCUUUGCAAGAUAUUGCAGACAAAGGAAUUACAACACUCUCUACAUAUGCGGCACCGACGAAUACGGCACUGCGACCGAAGCGAAAGCUUUGCAAGAGAAAACGACUCCCCAAGCUAUCUGCGACAAGUUUUUCGACAUACACAACGAUGUUUAUCGCUGGUUUGGUAUCGGGUUCGACUAUUUCGGUCGCACUACUACACCCGAGCAGACAGAAAUUGUCCAAUCGUUUUUCCUGAAGAUCAAAUCGCAAGGUUACAUAUUGAACGAGACCGUAGAGCAGCUGCAUUGCGAGCUCUGUGAUCGCUUUCUCGCCGAUAGAUUCGUGGAAGGCACGUGUCCCGGAUGUAAAUACGAGGACGCGCGCGGUGAUCAGUGUGACGGCUGUGGUCAUCUGAUGAACGCGGUCGAACUGGUUGAACCACGAUGCAAGAUAUGUAACACUAAGCCCGUCGUUAAGAAUUCGGUACAGUUCUUUCUGGAUUUACCCAAGAUAGAAGAUAGAUUGAAACAAUGGUCCGAUACCGUGAGCAAAGGGUGGUCCAGCGUUGCGAAAGUCGUCUCAAAGUCGUGGUUACGCGACGGUCUUAAGCCACGUUGCAUAACCAGAGACUUGAAGUGGGGUAUACCGGUGCCCGUAAACGGGUUUGAAAAUAAAGUGUUUUACGUCUGGUUUGACGCCCCUUUUGGAUAUAUCAGUAUUACAAAGAGGUAUACGAAAGAAUAUGAGAAAUGGUGGAAACCUCAGGAUACGAAAGUCGAUUUGUGCCAAUUUAUGGCGAAGGAUAACGUUCCAUUCCACGCGAUAAUGUUCCCCGCUUGCUUGCUAGCGGCUAAUCAAAAUAAUACGUUGAUCAAGUAUUUAAUGGCAACUGAAUAUCUAAACUAUGAGGAUAAAAAAUUCUCUAAGUCUAGGAGUGUUGGGGUAUUCGGAACCGAUGCCAGAGACACUGGUAUCCCAGCAGACGUGUGGCGAUUUUAUUUAGCCUACAUUAGGCCGGAAACUCAAGAUUCCAAUUUCAAUUGGAUAGAUUUAGCCACGAAAAAUAAUAGCGAGUUACUGAAUAAUCUUGGCAAUUUCGUCAAUAGAGCUCUAAUGUUUUCCGAGAAAUUCUUCGACUGCAAUGUACCGCCGACGAAACUGGAAGAGGCCGAUUGGACCGUGUUAGCGUUGGCACAGCGCGAACUAACGUCUUACAUAAACGCUAUGGAGCAAGCCAAGUUGAGAGAUGGUCUGAAGCACAUACUGGCGAUCUCGAAGCACGGCAAUCAGUACAUGCAAUUCCAGCAACCGUGGGUGAAAAUCAAGGGGACCGACGACGAUAAGAAUAGAGCUGGUACCGUUGUCGCGAUUUGCUGUAAUCUAGCCUGCCUCCUGUCGGCUCUUCUGGCACCUUUUAUGCCCGCCACAGCUAAACAACUGCGAUCUCAAUUGGGUUUGAGUAACAAGAAUUAUGGUUACAUUCCUGAGAUGAUAACCAACAUGUUGCCCACUUGGCACAAAAUUGGCAAACCCAGCCCGUUGUUCACGAAAAUCAAGGAUCAGCAAGUGGAGGCAUUGCGGAAGAAGUAUGCAGGACAGCAAGAGAUCAAUGGCCACGCGCCGGCGCACAUUGGGGCGAACACCUCUUUUUCCGGUCAUUGAUGUAAAAUUAAUAAAACAAUUCGGUCAUUGUAGUACGACUACUCA